AUGAGGUUCACCGUAAAACAAGCCCUCCUAUUUUGUCUGCUCCCUAUAGUGUUCUUUGCAUGCAUUUCGGCAGAAUCUGAAACUGAUCAUUCUGAAAGGUUAAGAUCGGCUCCUCAUAAAAAUGUGAGGAACAAUGUUAUAGAUGGCAGUGGUACAGAGAAUGCAGUUGAUUUUGAGGGUACAAUUGGUGGCAUGGAGGCCAGGAAGCGUGGUUAUAACAGAGUUUCAAUAUCUACAGUUGCUUUAUUUACAUUGGCCAUGGCUGCUGCCACUGGUUUAGGUGCUGUCCCAUUCUUUUUUGUGGAGCUAGAUCCUCAGUGGGAAGGGUUGUGCGGUGGGAUGGCUGCUGGUGUGAUGUUGGCUGCUAGCUUUGACCUCAUACAGGAAGGGCAAAGCCAUGGUGCUGGCAGUUGGGUUGUGAUUGGGAUUUUAUGUGGUGGAAUUUUCAUUUUGCUGUGUAAGAAGUUUCUUGAACAAUAUGGGGAAGUAAGUAUGUUGGACAUUAAAGGUGCUGAUGCAACUAAAGUUGUUCUUGUUAUUGGAAUUAUGACUCUUCAUUCCUUUGGGGAGGGUUCUGGUGUUGGUGUGUCAUUUGCUGGCUCAAAAGGCUUUUCUCAAGGACUUUUGGUAACUUUGGCCAUAGCCGUGCACAACAUUCCAGAGGGGUUAGCUGUGAGCAUGAUGCUUGCAUCAAAGGGUGUUUCUCCGCAAAAUGCAAUGUUGUGGAGCAUAAUUACAUCCUUGCCUCAGCCUAUUGUAGCUGUUCCUGCAUUCAUGUGUGCUGGUGCAUUUAGCAAGUUCCUUCCUUUCUGCACGGGCUUUGCUGCUGGAUGUAUGAUCUGGAUGGUUGUGGCUGAGGUGCUUCCCGAUGCUUUCAAGGAAGCCUCUCCUCCUCAAGUAGCAUCAGCAGCUACAAUUUCUGUAGCAUUUAUGGAAGCUCUCAGCACUGUGUUUGAGAAUUUCAGCCAUGAUUACAAUUCAGAGGAUGCUUCAGGCUUCUUCGUUUCAUUGCUUUUUGGUCUUGGGCCAUUGCUUGGUGGCUUCAUUCUUGUUGCAUUUGCUAUUGCAUUUUAUCUUCAGCAUGCCCUUCUCAUGGGUGCAGCAUCUGGCAUUGCUUUUGUCCUUGCCGCUUGGCGACCUCUGCAGUUACUUGUGUCCUCAAAGAUGGGGUUCUUCCCCCUCGUAUUUUUAUUUGCACUGGGAGCAGCCUUUGUCCAUGUUUCAAGCUCCAGCAUUUUGAAACUUUCAGGUCGCAAAAAGGCAUCAGCGAAUAGUUUACCAACAGUAACUGGCUUUCCUAUGAGUGUUCACACCCUUCAGUCAUUCUUGUCAUGUGGAGCGGUUGCCUUUCAUGCAUUGGCUGAAGGGCUUGCUUUAGGAGUGGCUGCACCGAAGGCUUAUGGACUUGGUCGGCACAUGGUCCUUCCUGUAUCUCUACAUGGACUCCCUCGGGGUGCAGCGGUUGCUAGUUGCAUCUUCGGGGCUACUGACAGCUGGCAUAGUGCCCUAGCAGCAGCAACUUUAAUUGGAUUUGUGGGUCCAAUAUCUGCUAUAGGAGCGAUACUUGCAGGAAUUGACUACAGUGGUCUGGAUCAUGUGAUGGUCUUUGCAUGUGGUGGAUUGCUCCCUAGCUUCGGAAACAUAAUUAGAAGAGGACUUAGUUUGGAUACACGGAAAGGGGGUUUUGGGUUGGCAAUUGGUGUGUGGUUUGCUAGUCUAUGUUUGAUGUGCACUAAGUUGGUUUGCUUGCACACUCCUUACUGCAAUUCUGCUCCAGAGGCUGUCAGAUGA